UAGAUAAAGUUGCUAAUUGCCCACUGUUGGCGCGCCGCACUUCAAAUCCAAUCAAAAAAGGAACAUUAACAACAACAGCAACAAAAACAACAAACACACCACAAUCAAAUUGGAAUCUUAAAACACAGCGCUACACAGAAAAUCAGAUCAAAUCAAGAACGCAUCUUGUAGAGAACGUUAACUUUUUUUUCUCGGGGGGAGUGACGUCAAUGUUAAUAUAUUGAGUCGUUUCAUAGCAACGAUUUUUCUAAAAGGACACUUGAAAUAUCGGCGAAAAACGGUUGAAACUUUUGAAAAAUGGGUGAAUAUUUCCGAUUAUCUAUUGUGCUUCCAAUUAUUGUGGGCCUGUUUAUGGGCCACUGUUUGGCACAAAAUCCUUUAUUAGCAGGAGCAAUAGGCACUCCCACCGGCCGAUCGAUUAACAGUGGUGCAUUUGUCCAAACGAAUUUCGAGCAAAAUGAAAAAAAUCACCAAAAACCAUUGAUCACAACCACUGGGUUUACAUUCAAUAGCAAGAACAGUGUUACUACGCAAGCAAAUUUUGAAACGACAAAACCGAAUUUCGAAACAACGAUUCCGUUUGUUAUACCAAGCUAUGCCAGUGGCAUUUUAGAAAAGAUACCGACCGUGCCAUCACCAAAAUUGACGACACCAUCCGAACUUUUACAGCCACCCAUUGAACAAGCAAAUGGAGCGGUGACACAACCAAGUGGUUGGGCUGUAUUCAGAGGAAUCCCAACAACGGCCUUGAACUCGUUCGAUGCAGAAACAACAACACUGUCACCGGUUACGCAACAACGCUUUGGCGCAUCGCCAGUUACACCGCGAUCAAAUUUCAAUGCAAAUGCACGAGGCACCACGACCAAUCAACCAAAACGAAGUGUAUUCACACAGAUAGCAACUAUUGCACAAGCACCGAUCCAAUUCGGCACAAAAGUAACGACACCCGUUCAAACAUCAACGACCACGCUUAAAAGCACAACCGCUUUCAUAAGUAAUUUUGAAAAGGUCACCACAGUGCCUGCAUUUGGAUUUGAUAGUGCCAGAGAUGAAGUUCUCGGCAAUCAGAAACCGGGGUACGCUAUCAAGGCCGAUGGCUCGAUCGAUUCACAAGCACUUCCGCCUGAAUUCCGUAAUCAAUUCCGUAAUCCAUUCACAACCACACAAUUUACUAGAGCAAUUCCGUCCAGCAAAUUGAAAUCAUUCGAAAAGCCAACUACUAUUUCAACAGCAUCGACCAAUUUCACGAAUAAUGCUUGGCUUCAACAAACAACACCAUUUGCACAAAUCCCAAAACAAAAUCCAAAACCAUUUGAACCAUCGGUGACCAAUCCAUUCCUUUCACAUACGACUCCAGUUCAAGUGGCGACGACGACCAAUUUUCUAUUUGAUACCACCACUCAACCGAUUGGCCAGAAAGUCAUUGGCGGCGGAGUUCGAGAUCGAUUGCCGAUCACUACGACUUUGGCUCCUAGAGAUCAAUUCACGCAUGGACCAAAAUCAACGCAAUUCAACACAUUCCAACCGACGGCUGCGAAAAAAUCUACACAGUUCAAUACAUCCAAACCAACAUCUGGGCCACAGCCGACCCAAUUUAACACGUUCCAGCCGACAAAUGCACCAAAAUCCACACAGUUCAACACAUUCCCGCCAACAACAACAUUCAGUCCCUUCACGACCACCUUCAAUAAAUUCGCCCAGAAAAGCUCAAGCCCAGUCACACAAAGCACCACGUUCAAUGGUUUCAAUAAUAAUAAAAUUGGCGUGACUCAAACGACAACGACAAAGCAACCGGUCAUAAAUCGACUGCCAAAUGCUCCAAGUGGUCUUGUGAUUCAAGUUCCUGAAGUCAAUGUGUUGCCACCAUUCCGUGAUGGUGAAUCAACCAAAUUUCCAGCCGCAUUUCAAACCACAAAAACUCAAACAACCGCAAAAACUUUAACAACAUUACCACUAACCCAAGCACCAACGACGACAACAACGAGAGCUCCAGUACGAGUCACAACAUUCCCACCGACAUUGCCACCAACAACGAAUGCAUUUGUAACGCGACAAAAUCAACCUUCGCCCGUCGUUAACAAGCUCAAUCAAGAAUUGUUACCACCUGUGGACAUGGCAACAUCCAGUGUGACCGUGCAUAAAUCACCAGCAAUCAGUUUGCCCAGCGAUGAUUUACUUCCACCCGUUACCACUGUGAAUACAAAACCAAGCACGGAUAAACCAACUAAGGAGUCAAAGCCAAGUGAAUUCUUGCCACAAUUGGAUUUGAAUCCAUUUACUGCUCCAUUUUCAGGCUCAGCCGCUGCAGCUCCUUCAACGACGGCGACGGCGACGGCGACGGCGACGACAACAAGAAGACCGGCUCCAAAUGCUGCACAGUCUUCACUUGCCGACUCGCCAUUUGAUUACAAAAAACCAGCCAAAGCAUUCGUGAUUCAAGCCAAUGUUCAGGGUGGUGCUCAACAACAGCGACCACAACAGCAACAAAGUCAAUCAAAUAUAAAUACCAAAUAUACUGGCAGUUUUGGCGCACCACCUGGUAUUUUAACGCCAUAUGACAAUCAACAAAACUAAUCAGAUUCAUAAUUGGGUCAUAAUUUUUUUACAAAUAUCAACAGCAGAACUAAUGAAACGAGAAAAAAUGGGACAAAAAAAUAAGUAACAUAGGAAUUUGGAGAAAAAGAAAUGAAGAAAAAAAGCGCACACUCCGAUCAGAAUUAGUAACACAUACGCAUAAUUGAUUAGAAUGGAUGAUGGAAUGACGACCAAAUGACGGAAAACAAAAUCGCAGAGAUUUAGACAUAUUUGACGCACGCAUUGCCAUAUCCAUCCCAUGUUGUCGGGUCACGUUUGCCGCCAGUUUUAAAUAUUCCAUUUUUUUUCCUCGUUCGUUUGCUCAAAAGAGCUCGUGUAAAUCAUGCAAAGCUAUGUUGUGUGUUCAUGCCAUACACCAGUAGAUUCAAAUGUCAAUAGCAGAGAAUUUUGAAUAGCGCGUUUUUUUUCCUCAUCGCAUUUCGAUGUGUAUUAUUUCAGACAACCAAUAAAAAGGUGGAAAAAAGCUGUUGAAGAGAUAACAAUUUGCAUAUGAAUUAAAAACCGUCACAUCGUAAAUUAACGUGUUACAAUUUGAAAACCGAAGCUUUUUUUUCGGUUCAUGGAAUGGGAUAUACAGAGGCAAUAGAGAGUGUAUGUAUGUGUGUGUGUGCAUGUGUAAUGUGAGAGAUUUAUAUAUUUUUGAUGUGAUUAUCUAAUAUUAGCCAACAACUGAACGAAAUAAAUAAUACUCGUUAAGCUAAA